CGACCUUUGCACCACAGGCAGCAUGCAGUCGACAGAAGACCAGUUUAUCCCGGGAGCAGCCUCGCUUCGGGACGAGCUUGACCAGCGCAUGCUGGUCGUUCUCCGCGACGGAAAGACGCUUGAAGGCUAUCUCCGUUCGUACGAUCAGUUCUCCAACCUGGUGCUGGAGGAGACGGUCGAGCGAGUGGUGGUCGGGCCGGAUAUGGCCACCAUCGACGUCGGCACCUUUGUUGUCCGCGGCGACACCAUCAUGCUCAUGGGCAAGGUCGACGGAGAGAAGCUCGCCUCGGCUGACGCUGCCUUUACUACCGUCGAUGAGCCGACUCUCCGCGAGAAGCAGAGCCACGUCCGCCAGCUGGCCGCAGCCACCCGUGCGUCGCGAAAGGCCGAGCGCCUCGCCCGCGGCAUCCUCGACGACACCGACCUCGAUGCUCAUGUCUGAGCCGCAGCACAUCGUUUGCGCUGAUGCUGCAGCUCCAGAAGUGCGUACUACCCAGCAUCGCCCUGUCACAGACCAGAGCAUGCUGGAUCGUCGACGCCGUAGUCGGCGCCUCGACCUCGGCCUUUUCUGCCAUUUACACGGCGGCCCAGCAGAGGGCCUCUGUGUUCACAUCGGCAGCACUCCCCCCCCCC